CGCAUGAUGGGCGGAAGGAAUCGGGCGCGCGCCCAACUAGUCCGCCUGACUUAUUUAGGCGCCGCGUUUUGUCCCCGUCGUCCGGCCCCAGCCGAGCCGACGCGCGCGCCAUGGCCUCCUCCUCCCUCGCCUCCCCGGCCCGCCGCGCCCUCCUCGUGUCGUGCUUCCUCCUCUGCUUCCUGCCGCGCCAUGUUGCCGCCGGCGCCGCGGGGGCGGGGGGCUACGUCACCGUCUCCACCGCCAGCUUCGCCGCGUCGAGCGCGACCUGCGACGAACCCGGCCCAGUGAUCGCGCCGCGGCAGAGGAACGGCACGCUGGCGGUGCUGCGGCUGGCGCACCGGCACGGCCCUUGUGGCCCGUCGACGGCGUCGGCGGUGGCGGCCCCGUCGUUCGCCGAGAUGCAACGUUCGGACCAGCGGCGCGUGGAGUAUAUCCAGAGGAGGGUGUCCGGGGGCGGCACGCGGGGGGCGAAUAAGGGGGGCUUGCAGCAGCGGCAGCAGCAGCUCGCGGCCGGCUCCAGGUCGGCGACGGUGCCGACCACCAUGGGCGUCGGCACGUUCCAGUACGUGGUGACGGUGAGCCUGGGCACGCCGGGCGUGUCGCAGACGAUGGAGGUGGACACGGGCAGCGACGUGUCGUGGGUGCAGUGCAAGCCCUGCGCCGCGCCGGCGUGCUACAGCCAGAGGGACCAGCUGUUCGACCCGGCCAAGUCGUCCACCUACUCCGCCGUGCCGUGCGGCUCGCACGCGUGCUCGGACCUUGGGAUCUACGAGGCCGGCUGCUCGGGGUCGCAGUGCGGGUACGUGGUCAGCUACGGCGACGGGUCCAACACCACCGGCGUCUACGGCUCCGACACGCUGGCGCUGGCGCCGGGCAGCACGGUGGGCACGUUCCUCUUCGGGUGCGGCCACGCGCAGGCGGGGCUGUUCGCCGGCAUCGACGGGCUCCUCGCGCUCGGCCGGCAGGCCAUGUCGCUCAAGUCGCAGGCGGCGGGCGCGUACGGCGGGGUCUUCUCCUACUGCCUCCCUUCGAAGCCGAGCUCCGCGGGGUACCUGACGCUGGGCGGGCCGAGCAGCGCGUCGGGGUUCGCGACGACGGGGCUGCUGACGGCGUGGGCCGCGCCGACGUUCUACAUGGUGAUGCUCACGGGCAUCAGCGUGGGCGGGCAGCCGGUGGCCGUCCCGGCGUCGGCGUUCGCGGGGGGCGCGGUGGUGGACACGGGGACGGUGAUCACGCGGCUGCCGCCCACGGCGUACGCGGCGCUGCGGUCGGCGUUCCGCGGCGCCAUCGCGCCCUACGGGUACCCGUCGGUGCCGGCCAACGGGAUCCUGGACACGUGCUACGACUUCAGCCGGUACGGCGUGGUGACGCUGCCGACGGUGGCGCUGACGUUCAGCGGCGGCGCGACCAUGGCCCUGGAGGCCCCCGGGAUCCUGUCGAGCGGGUGCCUCGCGUUCGCGCCCAACGGCGGCGACGGUGACGCGGCCAUCCUCGGCAGCGUGCAGCAGCGGUCCUUCGCGGUGCGCUUCGACGGCGGCACCGUCGGAUUCAUGCCCGGCGCGUGCUGAUCCACUCAUCGAUUCUUUGACUUUUUUUAACACAGGACAACCCUCAUACAUACACGCAUACACUCACCUCUAUAAACAUAUUAGUAGCAGGAGUAUAAACAUAUGUACUUCGUAAGUAUACCACAUGUACAUGUACAUGUACGUACACGAAAAGGAAAAGGUAGACGAAUACAUGGCAGGAUGACGUA